AUGACGCGAUCCAUCCUAGGGUUCGCGGAUUUGGUUGGUGAGCUUGGGUGUGGAUCUUGGCCGGCCAUGGAUGUGGGUGGCCUUAGCUAUUAGCGAUCUGUUCGCGUGCCUGACGGCUCGAGAUGUCCAAGAUUUUGGUGCGCUUUGAUACACGAUGGCGUUAGGGUAAUCGGUGGUGUCACAAAUUUGUAUGUGCUUCACAGCAAUGGGGUGUUACUUCUUUGGUCGGAAUGGAGAAGUAUCACAGCAACACUAGAUUUGUGCCCUUGAGAGAUGCUCCAUGUGCUCUUCGUGGUACUCUUGGUAGCUCAAACUCAAAUCUUGAGCAAGCUAGGGGCUACACAUCUCCUCUAGGAGCUCUGCGACCAAAGAUGUCUGCACCCGGAAGCCGACCCCUGCACACGAGUCGCCCCCAGUCAUCUCCUGUUGCAAACCGCCCGUUGUCACCCCAUCUCCCUCUGAAGAAGCCACAGCUGAGUGCUACGUUCUCAAUCUCACACCGUAUUUUUGGUGUUGCACUGGGAGCUGCCAUCAUAUCCAUCCCUCUCGCCACCAAGUUCAGCCUCAUGUUUGGUGUUUGAGUUCGAAUUGUAAUAACCUGGACCGAUGAGAAACGGUAUUUUCCCAUUUCUGUGUGACUUUCAUUGUCGGGGUUGCCUUGCAAUGCAAUUGUAGGUGCACUUGGUUACCAUGACUGCAAUCUUCUGUAAUAAGAAAAACCAUCAAACUAUCAUUGUAAAAAGAUGACAUUCAAACUCUU